UACCACAACAUUUGAGGAACUACUGUUUAAAGUGCGUCCGUACAUUGAAGGACAGACAACCCACAUGAGACAACCAAUCAGCGCUGAAGAGAAACUGGCAGUGACGUUAAGAUUUCUGGCAACAGGUGAAACAUAUCAGAGUUUGAAGUACCAGUUCAGGAUUCAUAACAGCACCAUAAGUUUAUUUGUGCCUAAAGUGUGCCAGGUCAUCUAUGACGUUCUGAAAGAUGACUAUUUUUCAGUACCAUCAUCAGAACAAGAAUGGAUAAAUCUUGCCGAUGCUACCGAGAAGAGAUGGCAAUUUCCGAAUGCUUUUGCAGCAGCAGACGGGAAGCACAUAGCAGUUUACCAUCCAGAUAAUUCAGGUGGGACCUUUUAUAAUUACAAAGGAUUCUACAGCAUAGUUUUACUAGCUUUUGUGGACUAUGACUAUAAGUUCAUAUAUGCAGAUGUCGGUUGCCAAGGUAGGAUAAGCGAUGGUGGUGUGUACCGAAACUCUUCGUUUGCCGAGAAACUUUCUGCACUUGAACUCAAUUUACCACCCGCCAGGCCUUUACCAAGAUCCAAAAAUCCCGCCUGGACGCCUUACGAAAACGAAGAGGACAUUCCGUUUGUUUUUGUUGCAGACAGUGCAUUCUCGUUGUCAAAACAUUGCAUGAAACCGUAUCCUGAAAAGGGGUGUGACGAUAAGAGGCGAAUCUUCAACUACAGACUAUCCCGCUUACGUCGAGUAACCGAAAAUGCUUUUGGUAUUUUGACUGCAGUUUUCAGGAUCUUUAGCACAAAGAUCAACGUGAAUCCAGACAAAGCUACAAAAAUUGUUAAAGCAGCACUGGUGCUACAUAAUAUGUUGAGGUCAAAGUCACCAGAAUCAUAUACGCCUGCAGGGUUUGCUGAUGAAGUUGUGGAUGACAACGUGAUUGAUGGGCGAUGGAGGGAGGGUAACACUGGCUCUUUUCUGGAACCUUUACCCGCUAGACUAAAGGGUAAUAAGCCUAAAGUUUCAGCCGAAAAAAUUAGGGAAAUAUUCGCAGAACAUUUUUAUGGUCCCGGCGAGGUCCCUUGGCAAUGGAAGUGCCUAGUAUGAGUAUGCCUAGUUAUUAUUAGUGCAGUAACGAGAAAAGAUGUUAUAAUUUUUAAUUUGUGCAUUUUGUCUAUUGGAUGGAUUGUUCUCUAUUUCUGUUGCUCAAAAUCUUUUAAUGUGUAGCUUAUAACGGGCCAUUCUCAAAGAAAACUUGUGAGACCCGAACCUCUUUUUAUCUGAGAAUAGUCCCCUGCCCGUUAAAACUACCUUCCCGGUCUAUUUUAGUUCUCAGAGCAUGAAUCUAAUCAUUUCUUCACGCGAAUGCUUAGUAAAAAGUCUCAAAAUUCUCUCCCCGAGGCUGACAUGACGUCAGAAUUUGUCGGCCCCUUUGAAAAAAAAUGAUGGUAGAGAUUUUAUUUUGACCCGGAGUCAAAAUAAAAUCUUCAACGAUGGAUCAUUAUCGCCAAUUAAGCGGAUUAAAAACGACAGAUAGCAUCAAACUUUUUUCAGCAAUUUAGCCUUUUACACGAUCGUUGUCAUUCAUCGCGGUCCAAUAUCGAAAAAAAAUUUAAGGAAAAACGAUCGUGUAAACCCGCCUUUAGAUAGGUUUAAGAACCUUUUAAAAAAAUCUGUUGUUAAUUUUCAAAGUCUUUUAUCUUGAUUCUGAAUUUUACUUAUCCUUAGACGUUUGUUGACAAUUUUUCUUCCUCUUUUACAACUAUAAUCAGCCCACUGUAUGCCCCAUGUACUACUGACUUUUAAAGGAAAAUAUUUUCAAUUCUUCAGAUAAAAUUACUGCAGAAACUUUGUCAACGUUCUCUGCGUAUCUUUCUCGGUUUCAAAAGGCAGUUUAAGCUGUAUAUAUUUCCAUGGUUCAGAAUGACAGAAACGGGCUAUGCUCGAAACGUCGUUAUUUAUUUAAAAAAAAUUUCACUGGUACAAUUUACUUACAUUGAUCGUUAUUAUAGCAUUUUAUUGUACCGCACGCAAUCUAGUAUAUUUAUGGAAUCUUCAGAAUGACAGGCCUUCAUUCAAACUGCAGUGCUUACAUUUUUUGCCCGAUCAAUUUGCCGAAUUUAUCCUUCUGUUUGCUUAAAUUCCUUCCUAAAUGGACGAAAAAUCCUUCCGACUUCCCAAUAACUAGAUUUAUAUGGAUUGAUGGCCUUUAUCCGUUAUUUACGUUUUAAACUUUUUAAAAUUGACCCUGGUGUUGAUGUGAACACACGAGCUUUAUUAAGCUAUUUCUUUUCGUAUAGUUUCGAAACUUUUUCCCUGUUUAGUUUCGAAACUUUUCCAAACUUCCGAUGCGUUUGGGAUUGGUGCGUAGCGACAAGUGUGACGCCGUAAGAUUAUAUUUGAUAACUUCGUACCAUAUUACUUUAUAGAACACCAAAAAUUAUCUUUAAAUAUGAUAUUCAGUUGGAUAUGUUACAAAGCGCGAGCUAUGACGAAUAAAUGAUUUUAAGUUGUGGCUAAUACAUUUCUACUUUUUGACACGGGUCAUCAAAUUUAGUUUAAAGGAAACAGAAUUACAGUGAUUCGACGGGGACAGAGCCUGUGCUCAAGUUGCCAUAUCUCAGUCAGGCUUUGAGACAUUUAACUGAUUUCACACAUUUAGAGAUCUUUCAGGUUAUGCAACCCAAAUUAUAAUUUGUAAAAGCAGCUUUUGUACCAUCAUAACAUUGAAUUUGCCAAAUCAGUUUACUGGUCAAAAUUUGCAUAAACCGGGAAGCCCUUCCUGUGUAACUGGCCCUCUCACUGAUUGAAAACACCAUUUGUUAUUUUUUUAAAUCAGAAGUUUAAUCAAAAUUUUUUAGAAAGUUCUUCUUAAUUCCUUCUAAUUUACAAUUCCUCCUUUUUCCAUUUCCAAUCGGCCGGAAAUCCCGAAGAAAGGAAUAAUCCUGUAAAGUUAUCCAUCAUCUCAUCUCUGCAUCGAGGCUCGCUCCGCAGAGCACAUCUUUUUACCUUCUGAUUAGGAUGUUAUCUUUAUAAGGCACCGCGCAGCGUUGAGAAAAGUGGGGGGACUAAAAAAAGUGGGGGGUCUAAAAAAAGUGGGGAGGCU